AUGGCCUUUCUCUUCAAAUCCAAGAAGAACCAGGAUCGCGCGCUGUCCAGCCGUGAUGGCAACGCUCCCCCUCCAACCGCUAUGGCUGGCGCCAAUGCCCGCAUCCAGAAUGAGAAGCACAGGGCCACCCCAACUGGCAGCUUGAAUUCGAUAGAAAAUGAUGCCGUCACCACGCCGGAGCGUCACGUUACCUCUGCCCAUAGCCGUCGCGGCGGCAGUGUCGAUAACAAUACACCCAUCGGAAAUGCUUCAGUCGGAAAUCCUCCCGCAGAUGUUGCGCCUCGCAACGGCCCGCCGAUCGCCAACCCAAAUGCCUCUCUAUACCCGUGGUCCCAGCGCCGAAUUACCUACACUUCACAAAAUCCCAGCCCGUUUCCCCGAUAUGGCGCCGCCGUCAACAGCGCCUCCUCCAAAGAAGGUGACAUCUACAUGAUGGGCGGCCUAAUUAAUAGCUCCACCGUCAAAGGCGAUCUCUGGAUGAUCGAAGCCGGAGGCAGCAUGUCCUGUUACCCUUUACCCACGACUGCUGAGGGGCCAGGACCAAGAGUCGGCCAUUCCAGCCUACUAGUCGGUAAUGCCUUCAUCGUCUACGGCGGUGAUACCAAGAUUGAGGACUCCGAUGUCCUCGACGAGACUCUCUAUCUUCUCAACACAUCCACCCGACACUGGUCGAGGGCUUUACCUGCUGGUCCCCGCCCCUCUGGUCGCUACGGCCACUCGCUAAACAUCCUAGGCUCCAAAAUCUACAUUUUCGGUGGUCAAGUCGAAGGCUAUUUCAUGAACGAUCUGGCUGCCUUCGACCUGAACCAGCUUCAGAUGGCCAACAACCGAUGGGAAAUUCUUCUCCAGUCCGACGCCUCCCCCAGCGUCCCCGCUGCUCGAACAAACCAUACCGUCAUCACCUACAACGACAAGAUGUACCUCUUCGGUGGUACCAAUGGCUUCGAAUGGUUCAACGAUGUUUGGUGUUACGACCCCCAAGUCAACAAGUGGUCACAGCUCGACUGCAUCGGCUACAUCCCCUCUCGCCGCGAAGGCCAUGCUGCUGCUCUCGUCGACGACGUCAUGUACAUUUUCGGAGGCAGGACCGAAGAGGGCACUGACCUGGGCGACCUCGCUGCCUUUAGAAUCUCCCUGCGACGCUGGUACACCUUCCAGAACAUGGGCCCUUCGCCCUCGCCACGAUCAGGCCACAGUAUGACCACUGUUGGCAAGUCCAUUGCUGUACUUGGUGGUGAGCCUAGCACUGCUGCAUCCACCGUCAAUGAUCUUGGUAUCCUCUAUGUUUUGGAUACGACUAAGAUUCGCUAUCCCGCCGACGCUCAGCAGAACUCCAUUCGUGCUCCUCAGGCAGGCCGACCUAGUCUUGAGGCCGCGAAUCGCCAAGCCCCAGGUGUCGUUACUGCGCCUCAAGACCCCAAACGGAUCACGCAAGGUGCAGCUAUAGGAACAGUGACUGGUGCUGCCGCCGCCGCCGGUACUACGACAGCCCUCACCAACGGGUCAGGCCCCAUCUCAAGUCCGGACUCAAGCCGCUCGCUCAAGCCGACAAGCCCUGAGCCUCCAGGCCUUGCCGGCGCGGGAUCUAAAUUACCACGCCCGGCACCGCCGCCUGCCGCCUCACCACCCCAAGCCCCCCUGGGCGCCAAAUCACCGUUAGAGCCUUCUGCUGUCGGGCGAGUACGUGGCGCAUCCGUCGACCGCCCUGGGGCGGGCUCGCCGAAGCCUGGCGCCCUCGAAAGCUCUUCACGACAACUCGCAGCAGACCCCGAAGGCCCCAUUGCUGCUCUUGUGAAUGGUCAACGAUCACCUCCACCAGGCCCGAGAGCAGCCAGUGCCGCGGAAAAGAUGCGCCCCCCUCGCCCGUCUCAAGGCUCUAUCGACAGUACAUUAGAGUCAUCACGAGCCAAUCGCCCCUCGUCGCCACCACCCCCAACUCGACAGGGCGGUAGCUUGGUGUCCCGUCGCUCAUCCGGACGUAACUCACAAACUGUUGCUCUACUCAAGGAACUCGAUGCUGCUCGAAACAAAAAUGCCUGGUAUGCCUCUGAGCUUGAGCUGGCCCGAAAGGGCGGCUAUGUCCCGAAUACCUCCAGCCCAGCCCUGGAUAAGUCUUCCGAAACCUUCGACGAUGAAGAUCGGCCUCUCAUCGAGGCUCUUCUGGCUAUGCGAACCGAACUCGCCAACGUGCAAAGUUCUGUCGAUAAGCAGGCCGUUCUUGCAGCCAAGCAAAUUGCUGAAGCGGAGAGACAACGAGAUGCUGCCAUCCAAGAAGCCGUUUAUGCAAAAGCGAAGGCGGCAGCAUAUGCAGGCGGUAGUGCCGCUAGCACCCCGCAGCUUGAUGGGGAGCGUGAUGAAGUCGGCCGCGCCGACGGUAUAAGCAAGAAGCUGGCGACUGCGCUGCACGUGCAAAAGGACCAGCAAACGCAUAUAGAGAAUUUGAGGUCGGGACUGGAAGCGGAGAGACGCGCGCGCCAAUUAGCCGACGAGACCUCCAACGCUGCCGAGAAGCGCCUCGCCCACCUCGAGUCUUACAAGCAGCAAACCUCGGCCGAAGUUGAGCGCCUCAAAUCCGAAUUGCACUUGUCGCAGCGGGAAGCCCGAGACCAUUCUGUCUCCCACUCCGAUGCUGUAGCGGCGUUGGCCCUGCUCAAGGCUGAAAAGGAAGAGGUCACGAGCAAGUACAAUGACGCUAUCGGGACAUCAAAGAACCACGACGAGACGUUCACAUCCUUGCGAGCGGCGAUGAAGGCUUCGGAGGAUGGCAAGUCACAUGUAGAGAAGAAGCUAGCGGAAGAGCGCAACGCUCGGGAGAAGCUUGAAGUCAAGUUCAACAAACUCAGAGUUGAGCACGAAGCCCGCACAGCCGAGCUGGUUGCCUCCACCCAAAGGUUACGCGACGCCGAGGAACUAGCAGAAAAGAACGCAAACGAAGCUCGAACACAUCGCGCGGUGGUCCUAUCUGGACUUGAUAAGAUUUCUCUCCGUGACUCGCCCAAGUCGAACCAUGGAGAGACUGAGCGAUCCAUUGCCCUUCAGAGUCAAGUUACCGGCGCCAACGCUUUGGUCAAGAAAUAUCAAGCCGAGCUUGACGCGGCUGCCGACAAGCUUCGAAGUGCUGAGGAGCGCAUCGCUGGCCUGGAGCAGUAUCAGGAGCAGUCGAGCCGUGAGGGUGUUUCCAUCAGACGUCAGCUUCAGGCCGCCCUCAGGGAAACUCAGAGUCUGCAAGCUGCUCACUCCGAGGUAAAGAAUCAGCUGGCUGCCCAGCAAUUGGAGACGAACGCCAUGACGGUGCAGCACACUGCGCUCAAAGAAAUCCUUAAUGAGCGCGGCAUAAGCCCCACGGCUGCUGUGCGCAGCCGGGGAUUCGCGAGCCCUCGCACCAACUCGCCUGAGCAAACCCGCUUACGCGAGCUGGAGGCCCAAUUAUCAAGCUCUCAUGCUUCUCACGAAGAGACAAAACAAGCUUUCGCUUUACAAGCUCAGGACUCUGAAUCUGCAUACCGCGAGAAGCUCACUCAGCUUGAGAAUGACUACCAAUCUGCUGUACAUUACGUCAAGGGUACGGAGAAGAUGUUGAAGCAGCUUAAGGAGCAGCUGCAGCGUUACAAGACGGAGAAUGCCCGUCUCAAGACAGACGUGGAAGCGAUGGAAGACCGAGCGCAGAAUGGCGAGAACAAUGGUCGAUCUGCCGAAGCGCCCGGUGGAUGGGAGACCGAGAAGCAUACCCUUGAGCAGAAGGUUGCAGCUCUGCAAGACGAGCUUCGCACUUCUGGCUCUCAACUGGAGAAGAAGUACGCUGUCGUGCAGAAGGAGCUUGCCGAUCUGCAACAGCAUAAAGAGCACAUGUCGAAGCAGCUAACCAAGCACGUCAAGGACCUAGAUCAACUGCGCUCUGAGAAUGCCCUUCUUGAACAACGCGCCACCGACGCUGAGCAAAAGGUCUCUCUUCUGCUCGACCAGGUAGAGCACUCGGUUGACAGUUAUCGUCGCCGUAGCCGACAGCCCAAUAUGACACCAGUUGACGUCGGCGGCUCCAACGGGCUGGGCUUGGGCCACGCGCGCCAAGAAAGCUCCGAGGCGGAGAGCGUGUACGGCGGUGGCGGCCACGGCAGCACGGACGGCCGCAACAGCGCUGCCCUCGACAAUCUCGCCAGCGAGCUCGAGACGCUUCGCACCCACUGGGAAGCCACCAACAAGAACUACCGUCUGAGUAACAACUUCGACUUUGACCCGCCGGCCGAGCUGAAGAAGGACGACGACAGCAUUGCCGGCGCGGGGCUCAGCGAGAGCCUGGCCGACUGGCGCAAGAAGCUAGACGCCGAAGAGCACGGCGACGGACGCAAAUCCAAGUAA